AUGGUCACGCAGCAACAUGUCUUGUCGGAUGGGCUACCAAUCUACCGCAGACUCCAAUCCGAUGAUCAGGAUUCUGUGCGCUUACUCACCGUAGAAGAUCUUAUUGUUAUCGCGAAGCAACUUACGGACCGUAGUAGAUUCUAUUGUUAUCGUGUUCUGAAGCACGCAAUUCAUUCAAUUGAAUGGUCUCUGUCACUCGUCCUUUUUAAGUUUCUAUUCAAUCGCAAACGCAUAAAGCUUCUGGUCGUAUACUCUCCUGCUCUCUGCAAUCCCUCCAUUGUUAACCUCCCUUGGCGAGCUUCCUCGCAUUCAAUUUUCGAGAAGUCGAAAUUGAUGUGA